ACAACUUCACAUAUCUCGCCAAGAUAUAUCCUUCACGCUGGAAGUGAAUCGGACACUCGUUUUUCUGGUCUCUUCUUCGGGCCAGGGACCGCGCCGUCCAACUCGAGCAUUGAGUCGGCCACGAAGACCCAACCAAUACACCACCGAUGAACCACUUUCAAGUCGCACCCUCAUCCCUACACCCGUGGAGACGAAGAUGAAGAAGACGCAAUCUAACCCUGACAAGAAACGAGAUGGUAAACAACCCGCUAUGCCGUCGCCCUCUUCCUCAAGCUCUACUCCCCACAGAGCAACCGAAAAGGCCGCCGUCCGGGGCGCCUCGCUUCUCAUCUCUCUUCAGAUUGCGUCCCGUGCCGUGACCUUCAUCGCCAACCAGCUCCUUCUCCGCUAUCUGACCGCUUCUCUCCUGGGCUUAUCCGCCCAACUCGAGGUGUAUUACCUAUCCGUCCUCUUCUUUGCCAGGGAAAGCCUGCGCGUCGCCGUUCAGCGUCAGAAGACGACCACUUCCGGCCCAAACACCGCAGCGUCAGACGCCAGACGCACCAUCGGGACGAGUUAUCAGGCCGUUGUCAACCUGGGCUAUCUGGCCGUCCUUCUCGGCGCCUUCGUCGCUCCGGGUCUUGCCGCUCUGUACCUCUCCUCUGUGGAUGACUCCAUCUUCGCCUCGACCCCAUAUUUCCUUCUCUCGCUCCGCAUCUACGCCAUCGCCGCCAUCCUGGAACUCCUGUCCGAGCCCGUCUUCGUCCUACUGCAGGUCCGCUUGCAGUUCGGCCCACGCGCCACCGCCGAAUCCCUUUCCACUUUUUUCCGCUGCGUCGUCACACUCGGCAGCGCCGUAGUCUCCUCCCGUGCCGGCCUCGACCUGGGGCCUCUCCCCUUCGCCCUUGGUCAGCUGGCCUACGGCCUUGGCCUCCUCCUGGUCUACUUAUGGGUUGGCGCCGGCCUUGCCUCCGCCGAUGAUUUCUCCCUGCUUCCCCGGAAGCUGACCAACCUCGACACCGCGGCCAAAGACCACUACCUCUGGUCUUUUUUCUACCGUCCCACCGUCAGCCUCGCCUCCAGCAUGAUGGCCCAGAGCCUCGUCAAGCACGUCCUGACCCAAGGCGAUACCUUCCUCGUCUCCAUCCUCUCCACCCCGCAGGCCCAGGGCGUCUACGCCCUCGCCAACAAUUACGGAGGCCUGCUGGCGCGUCUGGUCUUCCAGCCCAUCGAGGAAAGCAGUCGUUCCUACUUUAGCCGCCUCCUCUCCUCUCAGGAGGGAAAAGCCAAAGAGGAAGGCGGAGCAGAGUCCUCCUCCUCCAACACGGCUAGCAAGUCCACCCUUGCCUCGCCAUCCAAAGAGGCGGUGCGUACAGCCGCCCAACACCUCCACAUCGUAUUCAAACUCUACGUCCUUCUUUCUACCGUCAUCGUCAGCGUCGGGCCCAUCGCCGCCCCUCCCCUCCUCUCGCUGAUCGCAGGCCGCCGCUGGGCCAGCGAAGGGGCGGGCGACGUCCUCGCCACGUAUUGCUAUUACAUCCCACUACUAGCCCUCAACGGGGUCGCCGAGGCCUUCGUCGCCUCCGUCGCCUCCGAGGCCCAAGUCCAUCGCCAAUCCGCCUGGAUGGGCGCCUUCUCCCUCGCCUUUGCCGCCGCCGGCUUCCUCUUCCUCCGCGUGCUCGGUCUCGGUGCCGCCGGCCUCGUCUACGCCAACUGCAUCAACAUGGCAUGCCGCAUCAUCUGGAGCUUGGCUUUCAUUGGUUCCUCCUUCGCCGAGCAGAACGUGCCCUUCUCCGUCUCCUCGCUACGGCCCUCCCCGAUAGGUGGUGUUGUCAUGUUUGUGGCGCCGCAGCUCAUUAGGAAUGUCACGGGAGUCACUUCUCGGAGCGCUGGUGGCUUGGGAGACGUUGUGAAGGUGGCGGUGGCGGCCGUUCCAUUCGUUCUUCUUGUACUAUUCGGCGAGCGCCGAAUCAUCCUCCAAUGUUACGAGUAUGUCAGAAAGGGAAAAACACCAUGAUUUUACGCUGAGGUUAUGAGUUGUUAACAAAGGCCCAUGGUGUAGAUUUGAGACGGCCAGGAAAGUUCUGUUCUCAUCCGUUCAUCCCUUAGAUACCCCCAAUC